UUUGCAAUUUGUGUGUCAGUGAAUCACCGAGACCGAGACCACAGUCGUGGCGCCCCCCUCAGACAGACCUGUCAUGGCGGGGCAUGCGCGAGACAAGACGCGCCAUCACAACUCCGGGGCGGCUCGACCUGUCUCCCGUCAAGAAGGUAUUUCUCGGCUUUGAGGCAGAAGAUGCACCGGGAACUCCCGCUACUUAUGUCGCUUCUAAGCGAGAAGGAUCAGCAAGGUAUGGCCGCAGAGCGGUGAUGAGUCGAGCAGACAAUCCCAUAGAUCUAGACCUGCUUCUGCCUCCAGAUACACUUAAAGAUGACUCGCCAUCACCGCAAUCACCCAACAACCCUUCAACCACUCCGAGGCGGCGGAGCAGCACCAAAAUACACCUCGAUCCGACUGAGAAGUCUCUUGAAGAGUCAUGGAAGUCGCUCAGCUUCUUCAAUAGAAAGCAUAGAGGGCGGCUCUCCAGAAAGUUUGGUGUACAGAGGUGUCUUUGCAUUUUUUAUGCACAUUUGUGGCUGACACCAUUCACGGAGGGGAAGCAUCACUAUGUCAGGAUAUCCUUCAACAAUACUGAAACGAUUUCCAUGAUAAGGAUCUGGAACUAUAACAAGUCUCGGAUACACUCCUACCGUGGUAUCAAGAAUAUAUCAAUGCAACUUGAUGAUAUCCUCAUCUUCCAGGGAGAGAUUGCAAGAGCCUGUGGCGGAAUCAUUGGGAGGACAGACUCUUUUGGUGAUACAAUACUAUUCACCACAGAUGAGGAAAUUCUGCAGAAAGUUUCUGAACAUGACGAUACGUUUGGAAGUGUAAUGAACGAGAUAAGCAACGAGAACUUGCUGGCUAAACAGCCGGAGAGACCACUCACUGCAGAUGUCAGUGAGAUACGACCAAUGACAUGUCCAGGUCCAGGUGCAGGUGCAGAGAGGAAGCGGAGUGCUAUCACCACUGGAGCCGUGCUCUGCACCGACAGUCUGCAGAUCAAUAUAAUCAACAACUGGGGCCACAACUCGAUGAUUGGCUUGACAGGUUUGCAGGUGCUGGGAGAGACUGAUGAUCCGGUUCACAUUUCCAGAGUCUCGUGCAGUGAUCCCCAAAGUAAUCACAGGAUUAGUAGGAUAAUAGAUGGCGAGAAUGAGACGACAGAUGCUCAGCACAUGUGGUGUGCCCAGGUGAGGCGACUUCCUUUCUCGCUCAUUUUGAAAUUCGACAGUCCUGUCCACAUUUCUUCUGUGAUAAUCUGGAAUUAUAACGCAUCACCUGAACUCUCCUAUUGCGGGGUGAAACAAGUGACGGUUUCUGUGGAUGGCAGAGAUCUAAGGUUUGAAGAUGAUUUGAGUGGAUUGGGAGAGUUGAGUCAGAUGAGCACACUUGUGAGAAAAGCAUCUGGUCACUGCUAUCACACGAUUGGCCAGCUUCUACCCUUGAUUCCACAGCGAAUAGAUCCUAUGGCACCAUUUGGUCCUCAAACAUCCUAUCAUCACGGUGAAGACAGUCAGGAGGAGUAUGAAUCACCGGAGCUUCCAAGUGGUUUUGUUUUCGAGUUUGUCUUGCUGUCAACCUGGGGUGAUGAGUAUUACGUCGGAUUGAAUGGAAUUCAAAUGUUUGAUGCGCAUGGCUAUAAUAUUCCACUUUCCAAGAGAAAUAUCAGUGCUCAUCCAUCCUGUGUCAACAUUCUACAAAAUAUUGAGAAUGACGCUCGCACUGUUGAUAAAUUGAUUGAUGGCGUGAAUGAUACCACUGAUGGAAGACACAUGUGGCUUGCACCCAUUCUACCUGGAGAGAUAAAUAGGAUAUUUGUCGUCUUUGACAAAGAGGUGACGGUAUCCAUGAUCAAGUUAUGGAAUUACGGCAAAACACCCAGCAGAGGAGUGAAGGAAUUUGGGAUAUUGGUAGAUGAUCUUCUGGUUUACAAUGGCGUUCUAGACACGGUUGGGAUUGGAAGUGGCAGUAGUAAGCAGAUGCCUUACAGGACAGUUAUAUUUUCAUCAGAUAAGGAACUUGCUCAAAGAGAACGUGGAACUUUAGUUGCAUGCAGCCAGUUCGCUCACGACAUUCUGCUAUCGCCCAACGACGCCAGAGCCACAACUGGCGGCUCAAUGAUGUCGGCUGACCAAUCACAGAGGCCUUUCACCUCGCUGCGAACUUCAAAUCGAGCAACUUUUCAAUCCUGACAGCAGCAGCAUUCCCGUAGGACACCGUUCGAGUUUGACUCCCAACUGUGUCUCACAUCCGACAAACUUUUCGCUCAACAAAAUGCCCCAACUUUCUACGGCAAACCACUGCUGGGAGACUAGAAAGCACACAAUCAACACUCAUUUUGCUCAACAAAGACCCGCGUAGUAGGUAAAUUCCACCGACUAUCCCAUCAUGAAAGAAAAUGUUUCAAGUUUCCUACUCAAUGUAACGUAGCCCAAAGUUAACAUUCUUUCUACAUAGGUAUCGUGUGUCGUAGCCCUACGUGAUGUAAUACCAUAUAUUGAAAAAUUGGAGGUAGUCCAACUGAAGAAAUACAAUUUCUUCAUUGGAUAUGAAUGAAUAUUAAAUAUAUGAAUAUA